UCUCAUGUUCACAGUUUCCAGCGGAAGAGGAUUCUUGUUUGCCUCUUCUCUUCGUUGCCGUCUGCAAUGUUCUCCUUUAUUAAAACCCUAAACCCAUCUCCAAAAACCCCUCCUUUGAGUCUACUCGGAGACAAAGACGAUACCUUUGAUCUCUGAAUGUUGAGAAAAACUCUAACUUUACUCCCACGAACAAGAAGACCCUUCUCCUCUUCUUCUUCUUCGCCUAAACCCCUAACCCAUCUCCAAAGAUCCUCCUUUGAAUCCCUCGACACCGAUCAAGCAUGGAAGCUCUUCCGCUCCUUCGCCGCCUCUUCCUCUCUCCCCGACAAGCCUCUCCUCAACUCCCUCAUCACCCACUUAUCCUCCUCCCUCCACCUCGACAACACCACCACUCCCCCCCUCAGACACAGACUCAAACGCGCAUUCGUCUCCGCCGCUUACGUCAUCGAGAAAGACCCAACCCUUCUCGAAUCCGACACUCUCCUCACUCUCUUCCAAUCCAUGAAACUCGCCAAAGCCGCCUCCCCCGCCUUGGCGUUAAUCAAGUGUAUGUUCAAAAACAGAUUCUUCGUUCCGUUCCAUCUCUGGGGGAGUUUAAUCAUCGACACGUGCCGCGAAACCGGCACUUUAGUUCCCUUUCUCAAACUCUUUAACGAGAGCUGCAGAGUCGCAGUGGACGAGAAGCUUGAUUACAUGAAACCUAAUCUGGAAGCUUGUAACGCUGCUCUCGAAGCGUGUUGUCUGCAUCUAGAGUCUCUACCCGAUGCCGAGAGUGUGAUUGAGUUGAUGUCUGUGAUCGGUGUGAAGCCUGACGAGUCCACCUUCGGGUUUCUCGGCUAUUUAUACGCGAUAAAGGGACUUAAAGAGAAGAUAAAGGAGAUUGAGAGUUUGAUGGAUGGUAAUAAGAGAGUUCUUUACUCUAAUUUGAUAAGCGGUUAUGUUAAGAUUGGUGAUUUAGAUAGUGUUUCCGAUGUUAUACUACAAAGUCUUUGUAGUUUCAGUGAAGAAACGUAUUGUGAGAUUGUGAAAGGGUUUAUAGAGAGUAAGAAGGUGAAGAGUUUAGCUACACUGAUAAUAGAAGCACACAAGCUGGAGGAGUCUCUGUGUACUACUGAGUCAGACAAGUCAGUUGGGUUUGGUAUCGUUAACGCUUGUGUUGAUCUUGGGUUUUCGGGUAAGAGUAUACUCGAUGAGAUGGAUGCUCAGGGAGGAUGUGGUGGGAUCGGUGUUUAUGUACCUAUCUUGAAGGCUUACUGCAAAGAGAACAGAACAUCUGAAGCUACUCAGCUUGUUACAGAGAUCAGCAGCUCCGGAGUUGUUCAGCUAGAUGUGGAGACUUACGAAGCUUUGAUCGAAGCUUCCAUGACAAAACAGGACUUUGUGUCUGCGCUUGCGUUGUUUAGGGACAUGAGAGAGAUGACGAGAGUGAGUGAUUUGAAAGGGAGCUACUUGACAAUCAUGACGGGACUUCUCGAGAGUCAGAGACCAGAGUUGAUGGCAAAGUUUGUGGAGGAGGUUCUUGAAGAUACGAGAGUGGAAGUGAAGUCACACGAUUGGAACUCGAUUAUUCACGCCUUUUGUAAGUCCAAGCGAGUGGAAGAUGCAAAGAGGACGUUUAGGAGGAUGGUGUUUCUUCGGUACGAGCCGAACCAACAGACGUACUUGUCGUUGAUCGGUGGAUACGUGAGCUGCGGAAGGUACUUUGAGGUUGUGGUGUUGUGGAAAGAGUUCAAAGAGGAGGGGAGAACGAAGUUGGACCAUGGUCUCGCGGAUGCGUUCUUGAAUGCGUUGGUUAAGGGAGGGUUCUUUGGGACAGCGAUGCAGGUGGUGGAGAAGUGUAGGGAGAUGAAGAUAUUCGUGGAUAAGUGGAGGUACAAGGCGGUGUUCAUGGAGGCUCUGAAGAAGGUUAGGUUGCCGAAGUUGAGGAAGAGGAAGAUGAAGAAGAUUGAGUUUCUUGAUGCCUUUAAGAACUGGGUUGGGAUCACCACAUGAAUAUUGUUUUAACUUUGUACCUUCUCUGUUCUUUUAUACCAAAUUACACUAAUAGUAUGCCCCUGAAAAGAUGAUAUAAUAAGAAGAUUCUUUUACA